AUGUGCUGCUACAAGUGUUUAGGAAACCUAUGUGCCUAUGAAGACAACAAGCGGAGGGAGUUGGUGAUGUUCAGCCUGGAGAAGAGAAGGCUCCAGGGAGACCUUGUUGCAGCCCUCCAGUACCAAAAGUGGGCCUACAAGAAAGCAGGAGAGAGACACUUUAUUAGGGAGUGUAUUGCACAAGGUCCAGAGCACACUUCUCUUCUUUGGCUCAUCUAUCACCCAUGUCAAGGUUCUUGUCAUACCAUUGUCCAGCCCCAGAGAGCUCCCACUGCAAUGUCCACACCCUCCUCCAAUGGGACAGCCACCCCCAUCCCCAGCGCAGCAGUGGGACUGACCCUCCUGUCCGCAGCGAUGGUCAUAGGGCUGCCAGGGAAUGCCCUUGUGUUGUGGAGCUGCGCAGCCACCCGUCGCCGUGGCAUCCCCAUGCUGCUGGUGUUCCACCUGGCUCUGGCCGAUGUGGCCACCCUCCUAACCGGCCCUGUCUAUAUCCGCUUCCUGAGCACCGGUCGCUGGGACCUGGGCCUGGCUGCUUGCCGUGGCUGCAACUACAUCUGUGCUGCCGCCAUGUAUGCCAGCGUCUUCCUCAUCGCCCUGCUUGGCCUGCACCGCUGCCUGGUGGUGUCCCGGCCAUCGGCGGCAGUAGUGGUGGGUGACCGCGCUGCCCAACUGGCCCAUGGGGCCGCGGCAGUCACCUGGCUGGUGGCGUUGAUACUGGCUACUCCCUCUAUCGCCUUCCGGCAUGUGGAGGAUGGGCACUGCAAGCGGAAACACAGCUCCACUGCUUGGCUGGUGACUCACAACCUGCUGGAGACAGGGCUGGGCUGGGCCCUGCCACUGACUGCUGUGGCUGCUGGCUAUGGGCUGUUGCUGCAGCGGCUGCGGCGCACACGACUGGCACGGCGGGGCCGCACGCUGGGGCUUGUGGCCGCUGUGGUGGUCGCCUUCGCUGUCACCUGGGGACCCUACCACAUCGCCAGCCUGCUGGAGGUGGUGGCAAAGCUGCAGAAGGGCAAUGAGCCCCUGAACAGGGUCGCCAGGGCCAUCCGCCCACCAGCCACUGCCUUGGCCUUCCUCAGCAGUGCCUUAAACCCCCUGCUCUACGCCUGUGCUGGCCGGGGGCUGUGCCACACUGCUGGGACUGCUCUCCUGCCCCGGCUUCUGGAGGGCUCCACGGUUUUCCACAGCUCCCGUAAGACCACGGCCAGGGCCACCCACCAGGCAAGGACCACACAGAAAGACAAGGAAAAGGGGUGCCAGGAUGUGACAGUGGAGGACACAGGGACAGGGGAUGGGGGAGCAGCAGUGGAAAUCAUGGGGAUGGGGGAUGUGGGGACAGUAGUGGAGGACACAGAGACAGGGGACAGUGGGAUAGGAAGGGCAUGAUGGUGGAGAAGGCUGUGGAGAGGAGAUGGAUUUUGUGGUGGCCCUAACACAAACCCCUCCCUCUGUUCAUGCCUCUCUCCUUCUCUCUUUCCAACCAUUGCUCCCUCCCUCCUUCCAUGUCUUCAUCACUCCCCUCACCCCAUGGUCCUGGUGAGGCCUGGGCAGGACUGUAACCAAUAAAAGAGGGAUGAACAAGAAAGAAAACAAUUUGGGAUGUUCAAGGGGGCCUCUGGGAUGAUGCAAAAUUUGCCAAUGCAUGCCAUGCGUCUGUGUCCGUCCAUCCAUCCAUCCAUCUGUGCUAGCAUCCAGGAAGGGACCCAGGCAUCCAGGGCAGGGGAACCUGCGUAGGUGUAGACAAGUGACAUGGGUGGAGAUACAGUGUGUGUGUGGAGGGGGGGGGGCACUGUGUGUGUGCUUGUGGGGAGUGCUGGCAGGGGUCAAAUACCCCAAAAUGGGCUCUUGGGGGGGGUCACAGGGAGAUCUUGGGAUAGCUGGGGAGGUCUUAGGUUGUGCUUGGUUGUGCUGGGAGGAACAACCCCAGGCACCAGGAUAUGCUGGGGGCCACCCAGAUGGAAAGGAGCUCUGCAAAGGCCCUGGGGGUCCUGGUGGAAACCAAGUGAAAGAGGAGCCAGCAAUGCUGGAGCAAAAUGCUGGGACUGGAACACAGAAUCCCAGAAUCAUUCAGGUUGAAAAAGACCUAUAAGAUCAUCUAGUCAUACCUUUAAAUCUUUAACCUCCUCAUCUCUCCUGUGAAGAGAGGAUGAGAGAGCUGGAAGAGGAAGGGUCCCCCUGGCAAAGACUUCUGCCACGGAGCACCCUGAAAUAAUUGGAGGCUCAGGCCCUCUCCUCAAGCUGCUCUCUGGUGCAUCCUCACUUUCCUCCUGACCUGCCAGGCAUGGGGGUGUCAGGGAUACUGCCACAAUGGACAGUGGGAAUGGCAUGCCUGGUACAGGGGACCCCAGGUAGAUGGACGCUGGGAAUGAGGAACAUGAGAAAAGUGCGAGAAGAACUGUGGAGAGAUGUGGGGCACUGGACAGCUGGGUUCUACCUGGAGCAGGGGGGUUUGCAGGACGCCCUACCCUUGCAGAUGUGCAGUAAAAGAGACUUCAAAGAUGAUGGGGAGAGGACAUCACCAGGGCAGCUGACCUAAACCUACCACAGGGGUAUUCCAUGCCAUAUAAUGUCACACAGCAAUAAAA